GGCGAAUCUUUCAUCUCCGGAGCCUCUUCUUUCCACCUCCGUGGCCAGCAUCCCCGUCUACGGGCGCCACAGCGCCCCUUUUCUCAACUCCCCAAGCGACCUGCCCGAGUAUUUCAACGACGAGGACUGCCGGACUUCGUACCAAGAAAACGAUUCGCUACUCUCCACGUUUGCCUUCAUUCAGCGCAAAAACAUCAACGUGACCGCC